AUGUCUGAGUCAGGUGCUUCCUCCACACCGCCGUUGAAAGACCCAAAGCUCAGCGCCAUGAGCAAAGCCUUCGCGCGAGUCGACUUGGACGGUCACGACCUGCCGCCGUCUCCGGCACCCUCCAGCCCAAGAAGUGGGCGUCAAUAUUCGAUCGCAACGCAACUGGUCUAUUCCGAAGGGAAUGACCAGUACAAUGCAAGCAGCGUACCCAUCUACCAGUCCGCUACCUUCAAGCAAACCUCUGCCACCGGAGGCGCCUCCGAAUACGACUACACCCGCAGUGGCAACCCCACCCGGACGCACCUGGAAAAUCACCUGGCGAAGAUUAUGCGCGCGAAGCGAGCCCUGGUCGUCUCCUCCGGAAUGGGAGCACUUGAUGUGCUCUCGCGCCAGCUUCGGCCUGGUGACGAAGUUGUGACGGGCGACGAUCUGUACGGUGGGAGCCACAGAUUGUUGAAAUAUCUAUCCACGCAUGGCGGCAUUGUUGUGCACCACGUGGAUACCACAACACCUGAAAAGGUGCAGGAUGUUCUCGGUGCGAAGACGGCCAUGGUCUUGCUCGAGACGCCCACGAAUCCUCUGAUCAAGAUUGUGGACAUUCCCACGAUCGCCAGCAUGGCGCAUGCGGCCAACCCAUCAUGCAUUGUGAGCGUGGAUAACACCAUGCUCUCUCCUUUGCUACAAAACCCUUUGGAACUUGGUGCGGACGUCGUCUACGAAUCGGGCACCAAAUAUCUGUCGGGCCAUCACGAUCUCAUGGCCGGAGUGUUGGCCGUCAACGACGAAGCCCUCGGCGAGAAGCUCUACUUUACCAUCAACGCUUCAGGCUGUGGACUAGCACCCUUUGACUGCUGGCUGUUGAUGCGCGGUAUCAAGACCCUGAAGGUCCGCAUGGAUGCGCAACAGAACAAUGCCAUGAUGAUCGCCCACUUCCUCGAGUCUGCUGGCUUCAAAGUUCGCUACCCAGGACUGAAGAGUCAUCCGCAGUACGACCUCUUCAACUCCAUGGCUCGGGGACCGGGAGCUGUUUUGUCCUUUGAGACCGGUGAUAUCCAGCUGUCCGAGCGCAUUGUGGAAUCGGCGAAGCUGUGGGCCAUCAGCGUCAGUUUCGGCUGCGUCAACUCUCUCAUCAGCAUGCCUUGCCGCAUGAGCCACGCCAGUAUUGAUGCCAAAACUCGCCAAGAGCGCGGCGUCCCGGAGGAUCUGAUCCGUCUUUGCGUCGGCAUCGAAGAUGGCGAGGAUUUGUUGGAUGAUCUGCGCAGCGCGCUGGUCCAGGCUGGUGCCCUGAAUGUCACCCUUGACGGGGUUCAUGCAAAGAACGCCACUGUCGGCGACCAACACCCACAAGAAGGCGAACUUUUGGCCGCAAAGGCCGCCGCCAUCAACGAGCCAUAA